CUCUUCUCUGUCCAAAAAUAUUUUACACAGGAGAGUUCUUGUUCCUUUCUCUAGAUAUCCCACAUUUACACUUGAGAGGUCGCACAUUUACAGUGGAGAGCACUUGUUUCUCUCUCUAGAAGUCACACAUUUACUGCAUCGGAGAGGUCCUGUUUCUCUCUCUAGAAAUCUCACACUCACAAAGGAGAGGUUCUGUUUCUCUUUUCUUUAUCUCUUUAGUCACGCAUCAUUCUCUCUCUAUCUUCCCAUGGCUUGCACCCUGCAACUUCACUGCUCUCCCCCUCUCGUCCACAGGCCCAAGCUCCGCUCUCUCUCUGUCCACCAAAUCCAGAACAAGUUUUUCUCGCUCUCCAAGUCCGCCUUUCGCACUGGUCGAGCCCAUUGCUUUUCUGGCGACAGAGACGAGCAGCGAUGGCUCAGAGAAGAGGAGCGGUGGCUCAGAGAAGAGCGCCGAUGGCUCAGGGAAGAGGCUCGCUGGAAUGCAGAGCGCCAAGCCCUAAAGCUCGAGAUUGAGUCUCUGCAACUUCGGAUUGAAACGCUGAAUCAACAGCGGGUCUCUCAAGAAGCCUCCAUUGCUGACCUUAUCUCAAGCCUCACUGCUCUUUUGCAAACCCUAAAAGAGAUGAAUAUCAAGUCUCUGAGUCGCUCGGGCCUGGUCGCCGGAAAAGCUGGAGUGGUAGCUGGAAAAACUGAGGCAGAAACCGGUAUAGGUGAUUUGGUGGUCGGAAAAGAUGAGGUGGAGGAGAUGAAGGAGACUGUGUAUGAAGAAAUCAGGGCAUUGAAAGGGGAGGUUGAAAUUAGGGCAAGCAAGAAGGAGAGGAGGUUGCUGAGAAAAGGGGCAGAAGGGGAGGACGUUAGAGACAUGCAGGAAGCAUUGCAAAGAUUGGGUUUUUAUUCAGGCGAGGAAGACAUGGAGUACUCCAGCUUCUCUAGCGGGACUGAACGUGCUGUCAAAACUUGGCAAGCGACAUUGGGCUCUAACGAAGAUGGCAUCAUGACUGUUGAAUUGCUGGAAAUGUUAUUUAGCAAUCAAGAAUUGAUGGAAACUGGUGAACAAGAAAACUUAGAUAGGACGGGAAGACAAGGCUCCUCAACUUGGGAGGAGGCUGAUGUGAAUGGUGUGCCUCAAGCGUCAGCUGGUACUGUAAAACAAGUGGCAGAGAUUAAGCAGACAGUUGUUACUGAAACUGAUGUUGGAGAUGUAGAAAUAUCUGAACAUAGAGUUUUCCUUUUAGGAGAAAACAGAUGGGAAGAACCUUCCAGGCUCACUGCUAGGAGUGAAAAGCUUGGUGUGGGCAAGGGUAACAAGGCCAGUGCUUUAAUCAAAUGCCUAACUUGUAGAGGCGAUGGCCGCUUAAUGUGCACAGAAUGUGAUGGAACAGGUGAACCUAAUAUUGAACCACAGUUUAUGGAGUGGGUCGACGAAGGAGCGAAAUGCCCUUACUGUGAAGGCCUGGGAUACACAGUUUGUGACACAUGUGACGGAAGGAAGCUUAUCCAGCCUUGACUUUACUUUCCAAUGGCCAUCUUCUCAGUAUCUCAUUUCUUAGUCUUCAUUUCUUCAAUUCGCUGAGAAUGCAAUAUUCAUUUCCUUUCUAAAUUGCUUGUACAUUCCCAUGGCAUAUAUUGGUAUUGGUUUUAAAUGCUGAUUUUGUACACGUUGUAUUUAUUUGCAAAUAUGGUAUUAGCAUUGAAGGUCUGGAGCAUGUUUCCUCUUGUGGAUCUUUAGAUAUGUAACUUUGAGUUUAUCUUUUUCUUUUUUGAAUCUAACUUUUAGUUUAUCUA